UAUGGCGCUCAACUGUGAAACUUACUUUAGCCACACGGUGUCACUGUUGACCGUGAUUCUGAAAGUUCGUGUCUCAUGAACAAACCUCUCCACCUUCCGUGCUGCGUAAUCAGACAGAGGAGGUCCAUAUAGCGAAACGCAGACCACACCACAGAACUGUUGUGCACAGAGGAGGCCUUGGAUAUCAUCUUGCUUUCUAUACGGCUUUGGAAUAACGAUGUUAUAAAUCUGUGACUAGAAUAAACGCAGAUAAACGAUGGGUUUCACGGUCAGUGGAGGACCUUGCUCAGUCUGGGCGCUGCUGCUUUUAUCUUUUUGGGGUUUGUCUCGCGCUCAGAUUUCGUACUCCGUCUCAGAGGAGGUGAAGAAGGGCACCGUUGUUGGGAACAUAGCGAAGGACCUCAAUAUCGAUGUCCAGGAGCUGCAAUCGCGCAUGUUUCAGGUGGUGGCUGGAUCUAAUAAGAGGUAUUUCGACGUGAAUCUGAAAACGGGAGCUCUGUUUGUGAACGACAGGCUCGACAGGGAGGAGCUGUGCGAGAGUAAGCAGAGAUGCGCGCUGAAUGUCGAGGUGAUGGCACAGAAUCCCGUAAAGCUCUAUCGUGUAGAGGUGAAUGUAGCGGAUGUGAACGACAACUCUCCAGUCUUCCCGCUUCAGAAGUUAGUAAAGAACAUCACAGAACACGUUGUACCUGGAGAUCGCUUUUCUCUGCCUUCAGCACGAGACUUGGAUGUGGGUAUAAACUCGGUAAAAAGCUACACGCUAAGUCCAAAUGAACAUUUCUCGCUGGAUGUUCAGAGCUACGGAGAGCAGAGUGUGUCAGCAGAAUUGGUGCUACAAAAGCCUUUAGAUCGAGAGAAGCAGGCUGUUAUUAAGCUCACGCUCACGGCUGUUGAUGGAGGGAAACCUGCCAAGUCAGGGACGAUGGAUAUAAUAAUUAAUGUGCUGGAUAUAAACGAUAACAAUCCAGUAUUUAGUAAACCUUUAUAUAAAGUUAAGAUAAAAGAGAAUACACCUUUAGGUACGAAAAUGUUGACUGUCACUGCUACUGAUUCAGAUGAAGGUACAAAUGGAGAAAUUAUUUAUUCAAUUGUGGAUCAAGAGGGAAACUCAGCAUCACGCUUAUUUUCAAUAAACGACGUAACGGGAGAUAUAGCAAUUAAAGGCAAUAUUGAUUAUGAGGAAAAUCCAGCUAUUGAACUAAGAGUCCAGGCUCAAGACAAAAGCGGGUCACCAAGACAUUCAAAUUGUAAAGUUUUGAUUGAAGUUGAGGAUGUAAAUGAUAAUGCACCUGAGAUUUCAGUCACCCUGCUCACGAACUCGGUAAGUGAGGACAUCAAACCUGGCGCUGAUGUAGCAUUAAUCACUGUAUCAGAUAAAGAUGAUGGUAAAAACGGAAAAGUAGACUGUAAAAUAGCAGGAGCGAGUCCAUUUAAGCUACAGCCGUCCUAUAAAAACUCAUAUUCUCUUGUGGUAAAUGAACCGCUGGACAGAGAGCAGGCCUCCCAGUACAACAUCACAGUCAUUGCCAGUGAUGAAGGCACUCCUUCUCUUUCUAGCACUGGAAUCAUAGUCGUUCAUGUUUCUGAUGUAAAUGACAAUCCACCUCUAUUUCCAGCACCCGUCAUAAACCUCAGCGUCAAAGAAAACAGCCCAGUUGGCGGCCUGCUGGCAUCACUAACAGCAAAAGACGCAGAUAUCGGUGAAAACGCUCAUAUUUCAUAUUCUUUAAUUGAUGGAGAUGGUAGUAAAAUCCCUGUGUCCACUUUAAUGAACAUAAACUCCCUGACAGGCGAACUGUACAGCUUACAGUCCUUCAACUACGAGGAAACCAAACAGAUCCAGUUUAAAGUUCAGGCCACUGACACUGGUGUCCCUCCACUCAGCAGCAAUGUGACUGUGAACGUCUUCAUCCUGGAUGAGAAUGACAACAGUCCAGUUAUCUUACCUCCUUACUCUGAAGCUGGGUCAGUAAACACUGAGAACAUCCCCUACUCUGCUGAAGCGGGAUACUUUGUGGCUAAAGUCCGAGCUGUAGAUGCUGAUUCUGGUUAUAAUGCGCUGCUGUCUUAUCACAUCACUGAACCUAAGGGGACUAAUCUGUUCCGCAUUGGUAGCAGCACUGGAGAAAUCAGGACUAAGAGACGAAUGAGUGACCACGACCUGAAAACUCACCCACUUGUUGUGACAGUAUGUGACCAUGGAGAACCUUCACUAUCAGCUACAGUGACUGUUGAGGUUGUGGUGGUCGAAAGUCUGGACAGCGUGCAGCCUUCCCUAAGACAAGUGCCGAUGAAGGAGGAGGGCUUUUCUGAUCUGAAUCUGUAUCUGCUCAUCGCUAUUGUCUCAGUGUCGGUGAUCUUUCUGCUGAGCCUCAUCGGUUUAAUAGCAGCUAAAUGCUACGGGUCAGAGGGCGGUUUGAGCGGGUGCGGCGCUCCAGUGGUCACUACACACCCUGAUGGGAGCUGGUCUUACUCUAAAGCCACUCAGCAGUACGACGUGUGCUUUAGCUCAGACACGCUGAGGAGUGACGUAGUGGUUUUCCCCUCACCGUUUCCGCCUGCAGACGCAGAGCUGAUCAGCAUUAAUGGAGGGGACACUUUCACACGGACACAGACUCUCCCCAGCACUGGGAAGGUAAGGCUGCACUUGGCGGUUUUGAGAGGAGCAAUGGCUUUCAGUGGAGGAUCUGAUUUGAUCAGGGUGCUGCUACUUCUGUGUUCAUGGAGUUUGUCUCAGGCUCUGAUUUCAUACUCCAUCUCAGAGGAAGUGGAUAUGGGCACCAUUGUUGGGAACUUAGCAAAGGACUUCAACAUUGAUGUACAGAGCCUGGCAAAGCGCAGGUUACAAAUCUUGGGUGGUGAUGAAGGAUAUUUUGACGUGAAUCUGAAAACUGGAGAACUGCUUGUUAACAAUAGUCUCGACAGGGAGGAUCUGUGCAAGAAUUCUCAGAAAUGCACGCUUAAGUUCCAGGUAACGGCAGAGAAUCCAUUAAUUACUGAUGAUGUUGAUGUGACGGUAGCGGAUAUUAAUGACAACGCUCCAGUUUUCCCCCUUCAGAAGUUUGUGAAGAACAUGUCUGAAAAUGCUCAUGCUUUAGAGCGGUUUUCUGUGCCUGCAGCACAAGACUUGGAUGUCGGGAUAAACUCGGUGAAAAGCUACAAGCUUAACCAUAAUGAAUAUUUCUCACUGGUCGCUCAAAGCUAUGAGCAGAGUGGCUUGGCAGAAUUGGAGCUACGGAAACUUUUAGAUCGAGAGAAGCAGUCUGUAAUUAAGCUCACGCUCACGGCUGUUGAUGGAGGGAAACCUCCCAAAUCAGGGACAAUGGACAUAAUAAUAAAUGUGCUGGACAUAAACGAUAACAGUCCAGUGUUCAGCAGGUCUUUAUAUAAAGUUAAAAUAAAAGAGAACGUACCUUUAGGAACGAAAAUCUUUACUGUCAUUGCUACUGACUCAGAUGAAGGAACAAAUGGAGAAAUUAUUUAUUCAACUGUGCAUAAAGAGGGAAACUCAGCAUGGCAUUUAUUUUCAUUAAACGACACAACGGGAGAUAUAGCAAUUAAAGGCAACAUUGAUUAUGAGGAAAAUACAGCUAUUGAACUAAGAGUACAAGCUCAAGACAAAAGCAGCUCACCAAAGCGUUCACACUGUAAAGUGUUAAUUGAAGUUGAGGAUGUAAAUGAUAAUGCACCUGAAAUUUCAGUCACUCUGCCCGUCAACCCGGUAGGUGAAGACAUCGAACCUGGCGCUGACGUAGCAUUAAUCACUGUAUCUGAUAAAGAUGAUGGUAAAAAUGGUAAAGUAGACUGUAAAAUAGCAGGAGCGAGUCCAUUUAAGCUGCAGCCAACCUAUAAAAACUCGUAUUCUCUUGUGGUAAAUGAACCGCUGGACAGAGAGCAGGCCUCCCAGUAUAACAUAACAGUCAUCGCCAGUGAUGAAGGCACUCCUUCUCUUUCUAGCACUGGAAAUAUAGUCAUUGAUAUUUCUGACGUGAAUGACAAUCCACCUGAUAUUUCAGUCACCGUACUAAUGAACUCGGUAAGUGAGGACAUCAAACCUGGUGCUAAAGUAGCGUUAAUCACUGUAUCAGACAAAGACGAUGGUAAGAAUGGAAAAGUAGACUGUAAAAUAGCAGGAGCGAGUCCAUUUAAGCUACAGCCGUCCUAUAAAAACUCAUAUUCUCUUGUGGUAAAUGAACCGCUGGACAGAGAGCAGGCCUCCCAGUAUAACAUCACAGUCAUCGCCAGUGAUGAAGGCUCUCCUUCUCUUUCUAAAACUAGAGAAAUAAUCAUUUAUGUUUCUAACAUAAAUAACAAUGCACCCGUUGGGUUGGGUGGGUUGCCGAUGCAGUUCUGUCAAGAUGGUGUGUGACUGGAAAGGAAUGCAACAAAUUAAUGUCACACUUUUUAAGAAAAACCCAACCUAAAUCAAAUAUAGAUCAAUAAAAAAUAAAAUAAGAAUGUGACACUUUAUAAUAACAAUAGUUUAUGACACAUUUAUCAGCCUUUACUUCAUAAUUAUCUCGUCAAU